GAAAUGCCAUUGUAAAUAUGCCGGUACCGGUAAUCGACGUGCAUGCUUGAAUUCAGUCCACUUCUUUCGGCUGUAGCCUAUGAGCGUGUGUCACUUUGACAGUUUCAUUAGUUCAGCACAACAAUAAAAUCAAGUGGACAAAGACAUUCGAUCAGGACGACGGGUGAAUUUGUCCACAGCAGCACGUCUGAAGACAGAGAAAGACGAGGAUGACAAUGGCUGUUCCGUCGCUCACAGGAGGGGCGGGUAAAGGUGGCGGAGAAGACGAAGCCAAGUCGACGGAGCAAGAAGAGCGAAUUCGGCCCCAGCUUCUGUCAGGAACAGGCCACUGCAAGUGGUUUAAUGUUCGAAUGGGGUUCGGAUUUAUAUCAAUGACCAGCAGCGAGGGGAGCCCCGUAGAUCCCCCUCUGGACGUAUUUGUUCACCAAAGUAAACUGGUGAUGGAGGGCUUCCGCAGCCUGAAGGAGGGCGAGCAGGUGGAGUUCACCUUUAAGAAGUCCUCCAAAGGCCUGGAGUCCCUGUGGGUGACGGGGCUGGGUGGGGGACCGUGUGCGGGCAGCGAAAGGAGACCCAAAGGGAAGGUCCCGCCCCAGAAGAACCGCAAACCAAAGGGAGACCGCUGUUAUAACUGUGGAGGUCUGGACCACCAUGCCAAGGAGUGUGGCCUGCCCCCCCAGCCAAAGAAAUGCCACUACUGCCAGAGCAUCAGGCACAUGGUGGCCCAGUGUCCCCACAAGGUGCUGGCGGCCCCCGCAGGCUUUCAGGACCCCCUGCACCCCUCUACCUCGGCCCACCUGUACCCCGCCGACGAGGAGGAGCGCUCGGGCUCGUCCCCCCUUGAGGGCCCCUCGCCCUCCCCAGAGGAGCUACCCCAGUCACACCGCGUUGGCCCCCAGAGGGGGAGGAAAUAGGGGGAGAGCUGUACCUCCCGACCUCUGACUCUCCUCACCUAAGGAACAACCCUUAACCCCCACCCCUAAUCUACCUCGCACUUGUGGAAAUAAUAGGUCUAUUUUUGGCAGGACCAGUGCAGCUAUGGCAACGAUCGUCAGGGGUACGGAUGUAUGUGACUGACUGGCUGUGGCAGCUAUGACAACCAUUGCUGGGGAUAUGGAUGCAUGUGAAUGACUGUCUCUUUGUGUGUGACUGGUCUCAAUCAGUGCAGCUCAAGAGACGAUAUGGUCUGAAAGAGAAACAAGGUUGGCGGUGAAUCUGAUGACUCUCUGGGUUAGAUGACUCUCUGGGUUAGAUGACUCUCUGGGUUAGAUGACUCUCUGGGUUAGAUGACUCUCUGGGUUAGAUGACUCUCUGGGUUAGAUGACUGUCUGGGUUAGAUGACUCUCUGGGUUAGAUGACUGUCUGGGUUAGAUGACUGUCUGGGUUAGAUGACUCUCUGGGUUAGAUGACUCUCUGGGUUAGAUGACUCUCUGGGUUAGAUGACUGUCUGGGUUAGAUGACUGUCUGGGUUAGAUGACUGUCUGGGUUAGAUGACUGUCUGGGUUAGAUGACUCUCUGGGUUAGAUGACUCUCUGGGUUAGAUGACUGUCUGGGUUAGAUGACUGUCUGGGUUAGAUGACUCUCUGGGUUAGAUGACGUCAUCCAUAACUCUUUCUGUGGUGAUUUCUGAAUAGGACUCGCUUCUCUUUUAGAUUUUGGUCCACCUGGUUCAUAUUUAUAUUAUAUAACCGUUCCAAAGGUCAUGAUGCUGCGAUCCAGCAGAGUUAAUAUUAAGCAUUAAGGAUUUUAAAUAAGGCCUUGAUGUAGGCCAGUGCUUCUUAAUCCUGUGUAUUUUAUUUGUAUCCUUCGCAUCUACACACUAGAUUCAACUAAUCAACUCACCACCAACUUUUUGAUUAGAGUUCUACUUUUUUUCUAAGAGUGCGGGAUCAGGAUUGGGUAACACUGAUAGGCCCUGUAUCAAAACAAUGGAACCUCAACCAAUCAGAAGCAAAAUAAUUAUUUAAUGUGGCCUAUCCAAUCAGUGUAGAGGAGAUGACCAUGGAUACCAGAGUGAAUGUCAUACCUACCAGUAGCCUAACUGUCACUCCUAAACCACAGAAUAUUUUCUAGUUCAGUGGUAAUGACAAUUGACUGCAGAGUGCAUAGCAUUGAAUCCAGGCAUGUGUGCAUACUUGCUUGUGUGCGAGUGGGGUUGUGUGAGUGGAGUUGUGUGUGUGUGUGUGGG